UCUAGAGCUAAUUUGGGCAAGUUGUUGCAUUCUUCCUCCCCUGUAACAUGUCAUGGUAGAGCUGCAGUGGAAAGGAAAUGUGUCAUCUCUGUGGUUUGGUUUUCUAAGUGAGGAAAUACAACUACAUAUUUUAGUUAGAUUCACUUUUUCAAAAAAAUCACCACCUUCUAGUCCAUUUGCUUUAUAUUACUGGUCGGUUACACCUCCUCCCCCAAGAAAAAUAUCAAGAAACUGCAUAGCUAAGUAAUAGAAUAAUCUGAAAUUUAACUGAUUUUGACCAUACUUCUGGCAAGGUACCGGAUAGAAACAUGAAAUUGGCAAUGCACUGUAACCCAUAUUUUGCUUUCAUUGCUGUGACUAUCUUUGCAUUGUCCUUGCAAAUAAGAGCAAACCACACUGACUCUCUCUGGUCUGAGCAGUACUUGGAUCUCAAUACCCAAAAUAUAAGUGAAAAGCAGAGUACCACGGAAGACAGUUCAAAUCUUAUUCCAAAAACCACAGACCAGAAUGACGAGUUGAUGACUACUCAAAUGCAGACAGAUACCUUUCCAUCAUCAACACUUGGUCAGGAACCUUCAACAUCUUCCCUUGGCUUUAAUCUUACUUCUGCAGUUCAGGACCUUUUGACUACUACCAAGACUCUGACUGCUACCAAGAUCCAGAUUACAACAACUACUGAAAUUUGUGGAGAGAAGAAUAAAUCUCUGAUACUAAUUUGUUUCAUUAUAAUAGCAGUGCUUUUUCUUGCUUGCACCUUUCUACUUCUGUCAACUGUGGUAAUGGCAAAUAAGGUAUCGUACCUCAAAAGAUCUAAGCAAGGCAGGCGCAUACCCAGGAAUAAUGGUGAUUUUCUGGCUACUAACAGUUUAUGGCCAGCUGGAUCAGACACAUGGCAGAGGAAGUCUAAAGAGCUAAUAGGGGUUGACUUGAUGAUGCAAGACCUGAUGUCAGAGACGGCUAUCACAAUUCAAAGGAAUAAUGCAACUGGAACAACUGAGACACUCACUAGUGGAAGAGUUACUAAUCAGAAAAAUGAAGAUGCAACUUCAAAACCAUGUGACAACAUCAUAACCAAUUUUGUAGUUGAGAUUUAAGUAAAGCUCAGAUUCCUGACAGAGAUGACAAUGUAGCCUGGAAGUAACCUUAUAGCACCAGACAGGAGAACCAGGCUCUCAUUGUGGAUUUGGUUUUCCACUGCAUGAUAGUGGGAAUGCUAUGUAGUAGCACAAAGCGCCAUAGGACAGUGCGCCCCAAUUUGUAUGCAAUCAACCUUUCAAACAUUUAAAACAGUAUCCGAGAUUGUUUUAAAGGGAGACGUAUCCAUUACGGCUUUAAAAGAAAAUGGUGGGCAAUAGAGCUUAGUGGGGAUAAAGCACCAAAAUAUUUGGGACAUUAGGAAAGGAACCCGCAACAGUCACAGGGGAGGGACCAAUAGCCUAGUAACUGUAGAAUGCUAUUUAUGGAUGAUCCACAAACCAGUAGAUUAGAUUACAAUUCUGAUAUUUCAAACAAAAUACUCAAGAGCUCCUAAGCAUGGUUUUGUACUUCAGAGCUUCUCAGAUUGUGGUCUAUUGACCACUGAAGGUAUGCUGAGAGCUGGCUGAUCACAUGGCGCUCUCCUCCUCCUCCUUGCCAUCUGCUAAAUUAUAUUAAGAAACAGCUAAAAAUAACUUAUGCAUGCAAAUGAUGUAGUUAGAGGUUGCACGAUAACAAAUGAGAGGAGAAGGCCACAAAUGGGGCAGUGCUCCCUCAGACUAAGUUUGUAUUAAGAUGUAUUUUGGACUGGGAAGAAGUCUGAGCUCCUAUAUAUUACAUGUUGUAUAAGUCAACCCCUAAAAACCUCGCGUUUUUAGUGACUUGUGCUGGCAGCUAACUUUAAAGCAAGUAUAUUGUACAGCCAAGAUAUGAUUUCUGCUCUCAUAUGAAGUCAACAGUACUUGCUGAGCUUUAAGUUUGUCCUAAAAAUAUAAAGCUUGUUUUAUAUGCAACAGGGUGGGAGUAAAACUCUCAUCUGGUAACACCAAUAAAAACAUACAGUAGAUUUUGAAAUAAUUUGACUAAUUUGUUAUUAUGGUAUAUAACAGAUUGGGAUUUCUAUUGUAGCGAAAGAUCUUCUAGAUUAAUUCUCCAAAAUAUUUCUUAAGGGAAAAACUAUGUUUCACUCUAGCAAAUGAAAAAGAAACGUGCUUAAAUAAUUGUUUUUGUUGUCGAUUUGCUCAUUUGUAAGACUGAAGAUUAAAUUUUAUUACUUUCACCUAGCUAACUUUAUCCAGAAAAUUACUACAAUGACACAUGCACUAAGGACCACCUAUCAAGAACUACUCUAACAUAAGACCAUUACUAUCAAGUAUCCCCCUAAAUAGAACUUUUAGCUCCUCUAAACUGGUCUGAUGGGUGAAAAUUUGUAACAGGUUUCACUAUACUAAAGUGUGUGGAAACUGGAGAGGCUCCUUGUUUGUGCAUAUUAUUUCUGUACCUAAGCAGAGAUGAAUUGCUUCACAGGUAAGUCAAUGAAUUCCUGGCAUUUUUAAAAAUUAAACUAGCAAUUUCAACAUUUUCUUUUUUGUUCUGCAUACUAACAGUCACAACUACAACAAUCUACAAUUGUUAGCAAGGCACUUCAAGCUUGUAAAAUUUAAGUUAGUCACUGGGUGCAAGACAUUUGUAUUUAUCAAUUUACCGAUAAUUUCACUAAUCAUAUUUGCACACAGAUGUGAUAAAACAUUUAAGUCAUACCUCUUCAAAAUGAGUGUUCCCAACUGAUUAAUAUUUAUAUUGCCACAAUAGAAGAGAGAUCUUCUAAGGAAAAAUCUUCUCCUUCCAGAAAUAUGGGGAUGGAUACAUACCAAUUAAACAUCUUUAUUGGGACUAAAAGCAAAAUCCUGGUUAAUCUGUUUACUGACUAAAUGGGAUGCAAGCAGGGAACUGCUCCAUCCCAGCCCAUAGGGCUCCUAUUCUCAGCCCCACACUGGGGCUGGCUUCUGGCUCCCAAAAGUCCCUGACUUCUAGGGACGUAAAGAGGUAGCUGACACUACAAUUAACUCAUAAGCCUAGGCUCCCCGGAAGUGGGGCUGGAUUGCACUGGCUGCUGGCCCUUCCCCAUGGACUACAGAAUAGUCGACUAAUCGCCAAGAAUUCAUGCAGUUACUCAGCUAUUCUAUUACAUGCUAUUUAACAUCCCCACUGACCACGAUGGAUCCCCUGUGGGGCUGGCGGCAGACACGGAGCUGCUCCAGCUUCUACCAGUUAAUCAGAACCAGUAAACAUCACCUGUUAAGGAUGCUUACUGGUUAACCUUUCACCUUUCACACACCUAAUUGGGUCAGCACAUAGAUACCUCAAUCAGGUUAUUAAGCCACUGUAGAAACACAGCAUAAGAACAGCCAUACUGGGUCAGACCAACGGUCCAUCUAGCUCAGUAUCCAGUCUGCUGACAGUGGCCAAUACCAGAUGCCUCAGAGCAAGGGAUGCCUACCCUAGCAAAUAACUGUCCCUGCCUCUAGACAGCUUGCAAUCAAAACACCUGUAAAGUCAUAAAGAAGUUAGAAAAACCAUGAGGAUUUCUUGGAUGGCAUAGUGAUUCAGGUACAGUACAUUUUUAGACAAGAAAAAUACAAUAAUGUACCUCUAAGCUAUGUGGUUAAAACAAAACUCCGAGAAAACAUGAAGUCUUGCAAAAAUGAUUCAUGACAGAGAUAUUAAAAGGUACCUUGGAGGAGUUACCUAAAAAGUUUAUUUUCAACAAGGGCAAAUUCCCCAGUUAACUGAAAAUGAACUGAUACAUAGGCUUGACAUUUAGUCCAAGAAACAGCAUGGAACCAGGUUUGUUGAACUGGGCUGACGAGUGUUUUCUGAAAACUACAGGUUGGUCUUUCCAAACUCCCCAUACAUAUCCCAUCUCCAACGGAUGUCUUUUGAUGCCACAAAGUGUUCAUUUUUAAAGCUUGUGGAAAUAAGGACAUGGAACCUAUUUCAGCACCAAAUGGAUCCUCUUUCACUCCAUAAAGGAACCCUGUUUGAAGUGAAUAUAAAUACCCUGUCACAUAUGAUAAUAUUUUUAUCUUGCUGCCUCUGUUCAUCCAAAAGCAAAGGAUAGGGGUGUGAGCCUGCAACAACAGACACUGAAGUUUUAAGCAUUGGAUUUGGCUGUUGCUCCUCUGGUUAGGAUAGACUGUGGUGCUUCCCAUGGUUUCAGGGAACCAAAAAAUCUGACUGCUAUUUGUUUCUGGGCACCCUUGGAGAGCAAACAUCACUGUAGCAUGUUGCUUUACCUCCUCUGUUCCAGCAGACCUGCAGAACUUAACUUCCUAUACAUGAACAAUCACAAUAGAGAUCAAGGGCCUUAGCCAACUCCUCCUAAGGUCAGGGGGAGCCUUUUCAUUUGUUUCCAAAGGCAUCAGAUCAGGACAUCAAUACUAUAUUAUGUUACAGUUCCCCCGGAGAGCAAAUAUGUAGUUCGAGUCUCCUCUACCAGCUACUAGGAGAAAACAUGAAGACAGAAGCCACCAAAAGUGUUCAGCUCAAGAUACAGCAGAACACUUUUUACUGUGAGUCUCAUUUAAGAAAUGAUUUUACCAUAUACAAGAUCCUUCAUAUACAUGUAAAUGUCAUAUACUGCACAUUUUUAACAGCCCCUUGAAUUAAAUUGCUAUGGAACUUAAAUAAGAGUACUCAUCCUGCUCUGCACAUAAUAUAUAUAAAGUGCAAAUACUGUGGAGUAAACUUUUUUCUAUGAUUUGACUAUUGUAUACCCAAAUACUGUACUCCUUCGCACAUUUGCUCCUAAUCCUCUCUUUCUGAGAAGCACUCCAACCUCCGUUCAUCUACAAGAUGAAUAUAGUAAGUAGCUACUACUCUGCAUUUUUUGCAGGAUUCAAGCACCUGACAUUGCUCAAAUGGAACGCUGAGGAUUUCAAAUAGUAUAACCCCUCAUUUAUAUAGUCUCACAAAGUACAGCCCCUCAUGGCAACUACAAAAGUAGCCUAUUGGGAACAGAAAUAUUAAGAACAUUUUUAAUGUUUUUAGCUGCCUUUUAGUGCAAUUUAGGAAAUGAAAAUACAUAAGGGAACCAUCACCAUGAGAUCAGCCAGCUCUCCGCGGACCACAAUUUGAUAACUUCUGGUCUAAAUGAUAUUCAUCUGAGCCUCUCUGAACAGUAAUAAUUGCUGCACUUCACCAGAAAAAGUACUGAAAAUACGAAUAAGAUUGUGUUAGUCUCAAUCCACUUUUACAUAAUAUACAAAAUUACCAUUACCCAUGUUUUCUCUAGACACAGGUAAAUAAGCAUUAAUACUACUACGCAUAUCUUAAGCAAAUACUGCAAACAUUAACAACAUAUCCCAAAUUUGGUCUUCAAGUUUUGAACGUUAAUUCUUAGUCAUCUCUGUUGUCUUACUUCCUGCAGCAAGUGUUGAUAAACUUCCUCUUUAUAUACAAAAAAUUCAAAGUGAGAGAGUAUGCCAUUUUAGAGCUCUUGUGUGUUAAUACCCAUUCUGACUUAAGUUUUCAAACAGCAAAAUGUUAACUUAGGAUAUGAAAGCCUGUUUACUACAAGAGACAUUAUACAGCUUUCUCUUCUAUGUUCUUUCCCAGUUGCCAAAAAAGGACAUUUUGGCUCUUCUCUUUUUCAAUAAAACCACACAAGAGGAAAUUUAGGAUCUGAUAUCGGAAGUCACCUCCCACUCAAGUCAGAUGCAAACAUGAUACUUAGUUCAACAAAAGCAGUGUUUUAAAAGAACAGUAGCUCUUCCAUUUACAUAGUGACAUCAAUCUUACUGUUGAUAGUCAAAAGCAAAUUAAUGAAGAUAAGAUUUUAAUUUUAAAACAAAUCUAGAUUAGAAUUCUGAAUUUAGAUCUAACUGUAUUGUAUUCUCUCUUU